AUGGCUUCAACGUCGGAGUCCAUCUAUCGGCCGCUGGAUCCGUCCAGGCCUGAGAUCCGGCUGUUGAGGCUGCACCCCCGGCAAACAGCCAGCCCUGACGAAAGCCUGCAACUUACCAUGUUUACCACCUCAUUACACGACCAAAAGUAUUUUGCUCUGUCGUAUGUGUGGGGUGAGGACACUCCAAACAACCCAAUCACAAUCAACGGCCAUAGCGCACCCGUGACUAAAAAUCUAUUCGAGUUUUUACUACAUUACCGCGAUCUUACAGAAGCGAACAGUACGUGGGAGCUCGCAGAUAUGCUCUUCUGGGUGGAUGCCAUCUGCAUUAAUCAGGAGGACAUUCCCGAGAAAAACAGCCAGGUACUGCAGAUGUCUUCAAUCUACCGUUCUGCGGAUGCGGUGCUGUCAUGGUUAGGUGUGGAAGCGGAUGACAGCGACUAUGCCAUAGAGGUGAUGAUUGAUAUAACCGGCAGAGUAGCUGCAUCCCUUGAUGGGGACGACCCUCUUUCAUGGAUGGCCCCUAGCCAGACCGAACUGUGGCAAAGAAACUCGGACGGCGACGAAAUGGGAAAUAAGUUCUGGGACGGCAUUGUACAAUUGGUGCGGCGGUCGUAUUGGACGCGCGCAUGGAUAGUCCAAGAGAUUGUGCUUGCAAGGAAAGUCACGAUGCUCUGUGGCAUGAGGUCUUUUCAGUUCCAGGACUUGGUCGCUAUAGGCACAUGGAUUAUGAGACUUCGCCCCUACGAAUGCCCCUCAUUUGUCCACAUGAACAUCUGGCUCUAUCUAUCAACUCCUCUCUACCAGGAAAACUAUGGGCCAGCACAGGUCAUGAAGUAUGCUGAGAUUAUUCGGCUAGUAGAAGAAGCUGCAAGCACAGAAACGUUCAACACAGCAUAUAACUGGAAAAAGAUCCUCAUCGCCACACAAACAGCCCAGGCCUCAGACCCUAGAGAUAAGCUCUACAGUAUGGCCAGUAUGUUGCGCCAUGGUGUAACCCCGAACUAUUCUAUCUCGGCAGAGGAGACGUUCUGCAAAUUUGCAAAGAUGUGCCUUGAGGCAGACGGUAGAUUGGACAUACUGCUAUUUGCAGGCCACGGUUUUGUCAAUGAUAAAACAGAGGUGUUGGGGCACCAUCUGUUCUUACCUUCGUGGGUUCCAAAUUGGGAUCUGUUGUCGAAGGCAAGGAUGUGGACUCCAGUUCCCGCUCAAAUGGCGAGUUUCGAUGCUGAUGGAUUUAUGCUGAAACAGAAUAUACCACCACUCUCUUGCUAUGAAAAUACCCUAGAGGCUCCUGGGACUCACUUGAGUGAGGUCUCAACGCACGUAUACUUUUGGGGUGACACUAAAAGCUUUGCUCAAUUCUGGAUAGAUUAUAUUGAGGCUCAUAAAGAUCAACGGGAUGAUAGAGGAGUUCGGGUCUUCCUCACUAUUAUAAGGCUGCUGCUUUUUGACCAAGUCCCUGACAGUGAUAUGCAGCUUGGUCUAAACCCUGAACCCUCGGUAUUGGAAAGGGCAAUUGCCUAUAUGUCAUUCGUAUUACUGAAUAUGGAUGUAGGGUCCGCUAAGUUUCUACAGGAUACCAGGACCAUCCAAUAUCUAGAUCAGCCAAUUGAUGGAACUCGACUACGGAGGCUUUUGGAUAGUGACAGCAGUAAACAUUGGAGUAUGAGCAGUCUCGCACAACUCUCAAGUUCGUUUAUAGUACUCCGAAUGUGCUAUGCGUUUUUUGAGACUAGCCAAGGGCAUCGUGGGUGGGGCCCUCCUGGAACAUGCAAGGGGGAUAUCAUCGGCAUCCUCUUUGGUUGUGAGACACCUGUUGUUCUGAGAAAGAUAGAUUCACACUAUAUUUACAUUGGAGCCUGUUAUGUUGUGGGAAUCAUGGAUGGCGAUCCGUUGGCUGGCAUUGAGAAGGGUUCCCCCCGUAUCAAGCGGUUUAAAAUUGUUUGA